UGUCCGGUUUAGUUUAGCGUGUUUUCCGCCACACGGGAAAAAAAAGAUACGACUCAGUUUAUAAGAUUUCAAAAUGAGCAGACGUCAGGUGUGUUUGCUGACCUACAGGACCCGCCGUCGUGUGUUAGCGGGCCCAUGUGACGGAUUGUGAUUGAGCUAACACACGCAGCUGUGUGUGUAACCGAAGCAGCCUCCGCGGCGCUAUUUGAUAUUACUGGCGCACAUUGCACAGGAGGCGGGUGCAGAAAAUAACUCCACACGGUAAUGUUUAAAAUGGACAAAGACGAAGCGAACCGGUUGGUAGAGAAAGCGAAGCUGUGCUUGCGCUCUGGACGGACAGAACGAGCACUGCAGCUGCUGUAUGAAGCUCAGAAUGUUUACCCCACCACCCGGGCCAGAGUUCUCAUCGAUACCAUAUUAAAGGAUAGAGAAGCUGCAUCUACAGAAGAAAACCACAUACCCCCACCUACAGGCUGGCGAGAUGAGGGCUUUGGGAGGAAUGACACACACAGUGCAGGUGGCGAAGAAAAGAAGAGCUACACAGAGGAUCAACGCCAGGGCGUUCUCAGGAUAAAGAAUUGCAAAGACUUCUACGAGAUCCUUGGUGUUCCCAAAAAUGCCAGUGAUGAAGAUUUGAAAAAGGCAUACAGGAAGUUGGCACUCAAAUUCCAUCCCGACAAGAACUUUGCUCCAGGAGCUACUGAUGCAUUUAAAGCAAUCGGAAAUGCCUACGCAGUGCUGAGCAACCCAGAGCAGAGGCAGCAGUACGAUCAAUGUGGGGAUCCGUCUGUAGCCGCUAACGCAACCCAGCAGCCAAGCCACACUCGUCACGGACACUACCGAAGCUUCCGCAGAGAUUUUGAGGCAGACAUUUCCCCUGAAGAGCUCUUCAACAUUUUCUUUGGAGGAAGGUUUCCCACUGGAAAUAUUCAUGUAUACACCAACCAAGGAGGCUCGUAUUCUCACGUCUAUCAGCCUCGUCGUCGGCGUGCAUUUGAAAGACGCGAAGAGGUCGUAGAGGAGACGCAAAGUCAGAACACUUUCACGGCAGUCCUGCAGCUUCUGCCCAUUCUUGUUUUAAUACUUAUAUCAGUGUUUACCCAGAUGAUGGCCACUAACCCUCCCUACAGUCUCUUCUACAAACCCGCUAUGGGGCUGGUGGUAUCCAGAGAAACACGACAGAUGGGUGUUCCAUACUAUGUGGAUAAAAGUUUUGAGAAGGAGUACCGUGGAGCGGCACUGGAGGAACUGGAGAAAACCAUUGAAAGUGAUUAUAUUGAACAUCUGCAGAGCAGCUGCUGGAAGGAAAAACAGCAAAAAUCGGACUUGACGCACCUCGGACAGCUGUACCGAGAUGAACGUUUGAAACAGAAGGCAGAGUCGAUGAGGCUGGAUAACUGUGAUAAGUUACAUCGGUUGGUCGUACGUCAGAGAGGCAAAUGAGGAUGAGGGGUUAUGGACUAUCCUUGAAUAAAUCUUUUUAUAGAAGUGUAUCCAAUCUGGCCACUUCGGGAAGAAAUGUCUGGGUACAGUGCAGUGGAAGUGCCACUGGAAACGAUGUGCCUUCUCUCCUCAUAAAGAGUAGAAAAUUUAGUUAGGUGUUACCUGCUACCCUGCUUGUCUUGGUAAACGCAGAACAUAAAUGACAUUACGUACAGCGUCUGAGCUGGUAAACGUUCUUAUAGAAAUGGUGUCCUACACAGGGUCUCCAUAUGGGGUUGUGAAGGCAAUUUAGGAUGCGUGUUAUUUUCAUCAAAUGUUUUGCUGAAAGUUGAGUGUAUGUUUAUUUAUUUAUUUAUUAGUUCAUAGAAGGAAUGUUGCUUGAGUAUCUUGUUUAAGCUGCUGCACAACUGACAGUUUUGCACCAUCACGGGCCAAGCUACAGUUUGGUGUAUGACUCUUGAUUGCCUCAUAGCAGCUCCAGCCUUGCCAUAUUUGGUGCAGUCCCUGCGAGUAGGCACACCAUGCAGUGAAAGCCCCCACCCCCCCUUCUGGAUUCACAACACGCUCGGCUUGGGGCGGCACAGGAAAGGCACUACGCAUACUUCAACUACCAAAUUCUUUCUGUGCUUCAAAAUUGGACACCAACAUGCGGCGUGGAUGUACUGAACUGAACAUGAGGUGGCUGAGAGUCUGACUGAACUCCAGGAAAUUUUAAACUUGCCCAAAACU